UUAAAAAAUAUAUUAUGGCAGACGUUCAAACACAGAGAGCAUUCUAAAAAUAAGAAGGGAUUUUCUAAAAUUCAAAGAAACUUUUAGCUAAGAAGACAUCUAAAGGUGUUAGAUACUGGAAAGAGGUUGGUUUAGGAUUUAAAGUACCAAAAGAGGCUAUAGAAGGUCAUUAUAUAGAUAAGAAAUGUCCAUUUACAGGAAAUGUGAGUGUAAGAGGAGCAAUAUUAAAGUAUGAAAAAGAGAAUGAAUAUAUAAUAGAGGGAUAGUGAUAUCAACAAAGAUGACUAGAACAAUAAUAAUAAGAAGAGAUUAUUUACAUUAUGUUGCUAAAUAUAAUAGAUAUGAAAAGAGACAUAGAAAUGUACCAGUUCAUAUAUCUCCAGCAUUUGGACCAGUAAAGGAAGGAGAUAUUGUUGUAUGUGGAUAAUGCAGGUAUAUAUAUGAUUGACUAUGAAGGCCAUUGUCAAAGACAGUUAGAUUCAAUGUAUUAAAAGUGAUUCCAAAUGAAAUAAUAGGUAAUGUCAGAAAGCAAUUUGUUUUAUUUUGAUUUGUAGAUCAUCAUCUAUAUAAUAUACAAUAUAAAAAUAUGAAUAUAUG